AUGAGCGUCGGCCGCGUAGGCAGGCUGCUUUUCAUCCACGACAGCAUCUCUGGACGGCGUUUUCUGUGCGACACAGGAGCACAGAGGAGCGUCCUGCCUGCAUCUCGUUUGGACAUGGUGACCGACAGCCACGGCCCCCCUAUGGAAGCUGCCAAUGGUAGCCCCAUCCGCACAUAUGGAACGAGGUACAUCGAAUUAUGUUUAGGAGGACAGCACUUCGGCUGGAACUUUGUUACCGCAAAGGUUGCCGUUCCCCUCCUCGGCGCUGAUUUUUUGUGUGCACAUGGACUGUUGGUGGAUGUAAAGCAUCGCCGUCUGAUUGACGCUGUCACGUUUUGCUCUUAUACAUGCACGCUCAGCGGGACCGACUCCAUACAGCUGUCUAGCAUGCUUUCAACUUCUGAUGAUUUCCACCGUCUGCUUGCCAGUUUCCCAGCCCUCACUCAGCCCACUUUCUCUGCAUCUGCCGUGAAGCAUGGUGUGGAGCACCAUCUCGCCACCACUGGUCCACCCGUCUACGCCCGCGCUCGGCGCCUCGACCCAACCAAGCUUACCGUUGCAAAGGCUGAGUUUGCGAACAUGGAACGCCUGGGAAUAGUUCGCCGAUCCGACAGCCCAUGGGCAUCGCCCCUUCACAUCGUCCCCAAACCUGGUGGCAGCUGGCGCCCGUGUGGCGACUACCGGCGCCUUAAUGAGGCAACGGCGCCUGACCGAUACCCAGUCCCGAACAUACAGGAUUUUUCAGCACACCUGUCUGGCAAGGUGAUUUUUUCUAAGGUGGAACUUGUUCGUGGAUAUCAUCAGGUGCCGGUACAUCCACUGGACAUCCCCAAAACGGCGGUGAUCACGCUGUUUGGUCUGUUUGAGUUCCUGCGCAUGCCGUUCGGCCUUAAAAACGCCGCCCAAUCUUUUCAAUGCCUCAUGGACUCUGUUUUGCAGGACCUGCCUUUUCUUUUUGUAUACUUGGAUGAUAUUCUAGUAGCGAGCACGUCCAAGUCUCAGCACCUGGCGCACCUCCAAACCCUUUUUGAGCGGCUUAGCCAACAUGGAUUGAUUGAUGGGGCAGUCCCUCUCCCAUCAAAGGUGGAGGCAGUCACACAGUUCCCACGCCCGCUCACUGUCAAAUCCCUGCAAGAGUUCCUCGGCAUGGUGAAUUUUUACCACCGCUUCAUCCCUCGAGCUGCUCUGCUCAUGCGGCCUUUGCAUGAGGCCUUGAAAGGUAAACCACAGCACGUUGUGGACUGGACUGAGAGUAGAGACAGGGCUUUUGCCGCCACUAAGGCAGCCCUAGCGAACGCCACCAUGCUGGCGCAUCCUUCUCCAACAGCCCCCAUCGCCAUCACCUCGGAUGCCUCAGACUAUGCUGUUGGUGCUGUCUACGAGCAGUGGGUAGGCGGUGCCUGGCAGCCGCUGGCUUUCUUUAGCCGUCAGCUGCGCCCCUGUGAGCGGAAGUACAGCACUUUCGACCGGGAGCUGCUGGGUCUCUACCUCGCCAUCCGACACUUCCGUUCCCAGCUGGAAGGCCGACACUUCACUGCGUUUGUGGACCACAAGCCGUUGACUUUUGCCAUGGCCAAGGUGGCUGAACCGUGGUCCGACCGCCAGCAACGUCAUCUGUCCUACAUUUCGGAGUUCACCACGGACUUGCAGCACGUUGCUGGUAAGACCAACCAUGUGGCUGACUGCCUAUCACGGGUUGUGGCGGGGGCAGUCCACCUGGGUUUGGAUUACAACCGCAUGGCGGCCACUCAGGCCACAGACCCGGACGUGCAACUCCUGAGGACCUCGACUACAGGUCUGCAGAUCGAGGAUGUGGUUUUUGGCGAUGUCGGCACCACGCUCCUGUGUGACAUCUCCACAGGUAGUCCUCGGCCAGUCGUUCCCUCGGGAUGGAGACGACAAGUUUUUGACACCAUCCAUGGUCUCUCCCACCCAGGUUCGAAAGCGUCACAGAGACUGGUUGCAGCUAAGUUUGUUUGGCACAGCCUCAAGAAGGACGUUAGGGAUUGGGCUAACAUCUGUGUUGAGUGCCAACGAGCCAAAGUCCACCGCCACACUAAAGCCCCGUUAGGUUUGUUCCCGGUUCCGGAGAGAUGUUUUGAUCAUGUAAACGUGGACCUGGUCGGUCCUCUGCCCUCCUCUCACGGUUUCACAUAUCUGUUCACCAUGGUUGACAGGACCACCCGCUGGCCCGAGGUUGUGCCUUUGACGUCAAUGGCGUCUGUCGAGAUGACACGGGCAUUUAUUGGCACCUGGGUUGCCCGUUUCGGCACUCCUUCGGACAUAUCCUCUGACCGAGGCGCGCAGUUCACGUCUGAGCUGUGGGACGCUGUCGCACAGAGCCUCGGAGUGAAACUCCACCGCACGACCGCAUAUCACCCGCAGGCUAACGGACUCUGUGAACGUUUUCAUAGGUCAAUGAAGGCUGCCCUGCGUGCCAGCCUCAAAGACAGCAACUGGGUCGACAAGCUCCCAUGGAUGUUGCUGGGCAUCAGGACUGCGCCAAAGGAGGACCUUCAGUCCUCAUCCGCGGAGCUUGUUUAUGGACAGCCACUGCGGGUACCGGGGGAGUUUGUCCCUAGUGCCACUGUUCCCUGGUCUGCUACUUUCCAGCGGUCUACUCUACUGGACAAUGCAAGGCUUUUCGCACCUGUUCCAACUUCACGUCACGGCCUCCCUCAGUCACACAUCCCCGCUGGACUUCAGACGGCUGACUACGUUUUCAUUCGCCACGAUGCCAACAGGGGACCGCUACGUCCGCCCUAUGAGGGCCCAUUCCGGGUUCUGGAGACGGGGGACAAACAUUUUGUGGUGGACAGAGGCGGCAAACCGGAGCGACUUUCUAUCGACCGCCUCAAACCAGCUCAUUUGGACGUGGCCAGGCCCAUCGACCUGGCCCAGCCCCCAUGCCACGGACGGCCUCAUGCUCUGCCUCCACCCCUUGCUCCUAAACCUCCUACACUCCAUGCCCCACACCCGGGUCAUGACGGGACACCGGCUGCAGUGAGGUCUCCUCAACCUCCAGUACAGCUCAGUCGUUGUGGUCGGUUGAUACGCCCACAUCCCCGUUGA